AUGCUUAGGGUGAAGAAAGGAAGGGCAACGUACCUUCCGAAGCUGGGGUACAAGCCUCCGCUGCCUGACGACGAUCCGUUAUGGAGCGGAGGUGACACCCGGAGCUCCCUGAGCCUCUACGACCAUCUCGACUGUCCGAGCAGUCUGUGGCAGGAUGACCACAAGCGGUUUGUGGCGUAUAAGGGCCAGUGGUCGUUUUUGGAUGGAGGGCGGACUCGCAAGGCUGGCAACGAUGUGCGGUAUGGACGAGAGACGGUGAACCGGCUGAAAAGUGCCGCUAUGAACCAGGAGGGGCUUUCUGCGGGCCAGCAGCGGCGCAAAAUGGUGAAUCUCAUGGCGCUGGGCGUGCGUUUGGCUGCCCGCAAGGCCAUGCCCAUCAAGUAUGUGGACUGUGCUCCCCAGACGGAAGACUCGCUCAAUGCAGAUCACGCGCUGCUGGGCCAGGCGUUUGGAGCCAUCGAAAGCGCAUUGCACGUGGACAUGAACGGCGACAUGCUUGGGGCGCCUCCCCAGGACUGCAAGUAUCUCAUGACGCGGCGGAUCUGGCGGAUUCUGGGCAAGACUACCCUGGCCCCAGCACUCAUGGGCUACAUCGUGAGCUCGCUCAGAAACACAAAGGCGCACCCGCAACUGGUGAUUGAUCUCUACAGCAUUUUCGCCCAGACCCAGUACGUCUACGACCUGCCGAUUGGCAACGCAUGGGGCUACCAGCUGAACCUGGACCGAUUUUUCCGCUACGCCUCGCACCACGUGUGUCCGUCGCCCAAGCCCUCGGACCAGGAGCUGGCGCACCUGUGCUCGCUCUUUUCCAAAUACAACCACGAGACGGGUCUGCCUCCAAACGUGCCGUUUUCGAGCCGGAUCGAAAACCAACUGCCUCCAAACUGGCUCCAUGUGUUUCUGCAGAUCCUCAGAGACAGACAGUACCCCUGCGACGGCCGAACCUUCUCCAAACUCGCUCUACAAGUGUCAAAGGUGUCGCCCUCGGCACGCCAGGACCUCGUCGACUACCAUCUGCAGCAAUCGCAACGCUGGUGGUACCAGGACGAAAGCAUCUUCUCGCUCAUGUAUCUAAUGUGCAACCGAGGCGAUGCCGAGGCGUCCAUCGAGGUCAUGAACUCGUCCAAGUUUGCCGACCGGUUGCUGGAUGAGAAAACGCGCAUGGGCGCCUUCCGCAUGCUGCUCUACCGCGCAGUCAAGUUUGAAGGCAUGCGAGACGGAGUGUCCGUGUUCCAAACAAUGAAGGAAAAGGGCUGUGCUCCGGACCUGCAAUGCUACGGGCUGUUGAUCCACGGCUACAAGGAGCGUGGCUACUACGAGGAGGCCAUCACCCACACCAUGGACGUGGCGGCCCAAAGCUACAUCCCCACCGAGAUUGCCACAGACUACUUUGAGGCGGUGGCCAAGAGCAAGGACCUCAAGGAGACGCUGGCGGUCUACUGUCAGCUGUACACGCCGCAUUCGCUCAUGGAGCUGGGCAUCUUUGCCUUUGUUCUGCGGGGCAGCGCCCACAACUCCAUUCCGCUGGACGUUGCGCUGGGCGAGCUGCCGCAACUGGAGCCCCGAAAGGCCGGGUUCCGCGUCUACAAGUCCGACGUGGCCUCGUUGCAUAUCCUUUACCGCGCAAUACUGGACCAGGCCGACCAGGUGGAGCUGGUGCGCGAUCUGUACGAAAAGUACCGAGACCAUGUAGCGGUUCAGCUGAGUAAGGGAGACCGGAUGCCGGCGCGGUGGAAGUGGCUGCUCAGCGACAUGGGGUUUGCGCUCAUGUCUUCCUUCGUCUCGUCGGUUCUGCGCUGCACCGGCGACAUUUCGCAAUGUCUGUGGCUUGUCAGAGACUUUGUCGACGUGGCCAAGGUGAACAUGUUUGCCCCCGAGGUGUUCAACACGCUGGUGACGGCGUCGUGUUACAGCGGGCGGUUCGAUCUGGCCGAAGAGGCACUCCGACUGGCCAUGACCAUCAACACGCCCACCAACAAGGUGGUUUUCAUCCCUCUGGACGCCCACAUUCGCGCCGGACGGCUGGAAAAGGCCCGCGUCUUCUGGAACAUUGCCGUCGACAACAACGACGUCUACUCGUACCUGGAGCACGUGGCGCUACUGCUGCCGAUAGCCGACGAGCAUGGCUGGAAUGUGCCCCAAAAGCUGCGCGUCGCCGUGGACAAGUUCCUCGACGCCCAGGAGGCCAAAAAGGAGGCCAAGGCCGCCGGAUACGCCAAAGACGACACAGCAGAGCUCGAGCUGCUACAGACGGAAUCCAACGACGAAAUCGCAUCCCACGUCGGACUGGACCGGGACCCGGAGACGGAGACGGAGACGGACAACCAACCGAUCCGCUCGGCCAGAUAG